GUUACACUCUAGUCCCAGAUUUUUGGAACUCCUGGACUUCCAUCGCCUACCUGGCUCUAACCAGGUUAUAACCUACAGCAGCUUUUAUAUUUUCUCCAUCUUCUCUAUUCUCGUAUAAUCACGCCUUGUGCAGACCGGGAGAGAUGAUCGUCCCACUCCUUUCAGCCUUCCUCCUCGCGCCGCUCCUCGUCUCGGCCGCCUGUACCAGCAACAGUUCCAACACUGCCGCCCUUCAGAAGCUUAUCCAAGAUGGGGGUGCUGGCUACACCUUGCAGCUAUGUCCCAGCAACGUCUUUGCGCUGAGCGACGUCCUCAAUUACACCGCUAUCAACCAGGAAAUCUCGACAGAGGGCUAUCCCACAGACGAUACCCGUGCUACGCUGGUCGUCAGCGGGUUCAACAAGACCACUGCCGUCUCUGCAUCAACCAAAGGUCGGGAUGGAGCUGUGCUGCGCAAUAUCAUCAUUAACGGAAACAGGAAGGCCAAUGAGACGAUCUACAAGGGGGGCGGUGGUAACAUCGAGUUUGGAGGUGUCAACUCCAACCAGACCAUAGAGUAUGUCAAGACCUACGACCCCAGAGGGUGGUCAUGCAUGCACAUCUCUGAAGGACAGCUUAACUGUUACAACGCCACCAUCCAAAACAAUGAUAUCGGUCCUUGCGGUACCGACUAUUACCAAAAUUGGGCCGAUGGUGUCUCCCUUUCGUGCUCGGAAAGUCUUGUGCAGAACAAUGAGAUUGUGGACGCCACGGAUGGAGGUAUCGUCGUAUUCGGCGCGCCGUUUUCGACUAUCAGAAACAACACUAUUCGAGCCAAGACUCGUAUCAUGAUUGGCGGUAUCAACAUGGUCGACGUUAAACCUUGGAAGCCCAUUGGGAAUUACUCGCAUACUGUUGUGGAGGGUAACACAAUCUACGGAGGUUUCGCUACUGGUAUGGGUAACGACACACUGGGUCCUCAGGACUAUGGAGCUAUCAUCAAGAUGGGCAUUGCUCUCGGACCUGACGCAUGGUUCUCUGACCAGCGAUUCGGCGCAAACAAGUCUACUGGCGGUGUAAUCAGGGACAACUCUUUAUCCGGCGCGUUUGCUUUUGGCAUGGGUGUUACCAGUGCGGAAGACUUUGUGAUUGAAAACAAUACCUUCUUCGGAAAUACCUCUUUUAUUGGCGUGCAAGGCCCCAACUGCACGACUGGGUGGAAGACUCCUCAUCCCUCGGUCCCCCUCCUCUCCGAAUCCACCUACCUAGUCAACGUGUCCAUCGACGUCCCCGAUUCUUCUCCAUUCGACUUUGUCAACGGCACAGGCAUCGGUCUCACAUGCUUUGUUGCUCCCAACAAGACUGAAUACGCCUGGCCUUACGGCGGAGGACAGGUCAACAGUGUGGAGCCGUCAGGGACCAGUGAUGGCAGCAGUGGCAGUCAGACCAGUGUGGCUAGCACGGCUAGCGCGACGUCGAGUGACAGUGCUGGGUCUCGGGGUGUGGCGACGCAGGGCCCAUGGGUGUUGGUGAUGAGCUGGGCUGCUGGCUUGAUGCUGGCCGUCGCUGGUGGUAUUUCGGUUGUCAUCUAGAAGGCGGACCGGGUGUGAUGAUUUAUGUCUGUCUUUUGUUAUCUAGAGGAAAAGGUGUCGCCCUGUAUCGAUAAUAAUACUUUUCGUUUCUCCUUUUGUCUGUUCAAGAUCCCCUUCUCUUUGUUACUUUCCGGAGAAAGACCUGCUUGGAGUAUAACCGCAUAUAGAAUGUACUCUCUCGUCAUAGACUUUAGAUAUAUACACGGGUGACUGGCUCCGAUCUGUUUGCGCCAUCAGGAGCAUGUCGCACGCAAGACAAUGCAUACAGACUUUCUUGCAUCUGGUCUGUACGCGCCGUGCAGACAUCUCGUCAGCACAGCCGGGCCGGC